AUGGAGGUUAGCGAUCAUAGCCUAGAGCUGGAAGUUAGCACUUUAAAUAAAGAAGUAAAAUCAAGAGUCCUGGAUAAAAUGGGAAGCAGGGCUCUUAAUCAAUUGUUUAGUAGCAACAAUAGAAUUGAGGAAAUCAAAGUAACCAAGAAAUCAAGCAAGAAAACGUCAUCUCAAUACGAAUAACUUGGCCAGGAAAAGAAAACUAAGUAUAAAAAGAAAGAGUUUCACUCAUCAAAAACUGCAUUAGAAAAGCUAUGCAUUAACUAAUAGCUACCUCAUAUAAUAUCUCAAAGACCUUCAUUAUUUGGAAAUGCAGUUCUUUAGCAAAAUUUGAUGUCUGCUGAUAACAGUCUCAAUGAAUCUGAAGGAAAUAUGAUCAUAAAUAACAUUAACGUCACAUCAAGUAGUAAAAGAAACUAAACAGCAAAGUAUGCACAGGGUAAUCCUGCAAGGGCGUUGAGGUAGAAAUUAAAAGCUGAGUAAAAUAUAGUAGUUGAACCUAUUUUGAUAACUUAACCAGGAAAGUCAUCAAUUACAAAAAGACCUUAGUCCUCAGCCCCAUCAACUGGAGUUAAGAUAAGUGGCUAAUAGAUUACCAGGAUACUGAAUGAAAGAAAUAGUAGUAAAGAAAAAAUAUACGUCUAACCCUAGAUCAGUAAUUAACAUUAGUCCUCUCAGAAUUUACCGAUAAAUGGCUGCGAUUUUAUUUAGAUCACAGGAAUUACCUAGAGACCAUCAGAUAUGUCUGUGAACGCAGCAUCUCAAAACACAACAUAAUAAUAAUUUUUUGACAAAAGAAAAAUUACUCAGAGUCGUUAAAAUACAUUAUCAUUCAAUUAUAACAGUAAUCAGCCACCUGUUGCUUAGUAAAGAUUGCUAAAUUAGUAAAGUUUUUAAGAUAAUAACGCGGCGAAAAAAUAGGACGGUAUAUAAAUGCUUCCAUCUACCAAUAAGCACUAUAAAAGGACAAAGAGAGAGUAUUUUGGAAGAAGGAUGUCAAGUAUUGAUAAGCCUAUCAUAGUUAUCACAUUUCAAGGAGUGAUUGGGGAUUUUAUCAGAUCUUAGCUUUUCAUAUCAGCUAAGGAUCCAGAUCAAUAAAGUACAAUUCAAAAUCUCUAGAUUAGAAUCGGUGCUGUUUAAGGCUUGAAAUUUCUAUGCAAAAAUUUCUAGGUUGUCAUUAUUAAUAAUGUGGAGAGAUCUUAUAUUACUACAAGUAAAGAUAUUUUAGAGAGGAUGUAGUAGCUCUUACAGUAGAAUGAUAUUUGUGUCGAUGCAAUUUAUUCGAUAAAUCAUAAAAAUAAAAAUGAAGAAUUCAUUUGUGAAGACUAUAGAUAAAUAUACAUAGAUUUCAAUUUGAAUAGCAUGAAGAAGGUUUAAGAGAAAGUCGUAUUUAUACAUCCUCUAGAUAUCGACUGGAUGGGAUGCCUAGAGGAAAUCAAAAUUGAUAAAAUGGGUUAUUUUUUAUUUGACUAUUCUUGCAAUCCUCCAAAGCCGUUGGUGAGAGGAUUACCUUUAAGUGUUAACUAUCAUUACAAUAAAGAUGAAUCCUUAAAAAAUGAAACUAAUUCAAAUCAUAUGCCUCUUGUACUUCUCGUACCUAAUCCAAAGGGAUCUUACUCAUAUUAGUCAACAACAUUAAGUUUCAUUUCAGUUGUGAAAACUUUAAUGAGCAUAGCAGCAUUAAGUUAAAAUAAAAAUAAGACCUUAGUCGUUGAUUUUCAGAAAUUAAUAGGGAUUAAAGAAUGGGAUAUAACAAUAUAAAAUAACGUUUUAAGUUUUAACCUAUCAACUGAUCUGUUAUCUAACUAGGAUAUCUUGGCUUAGAAAGAUGAUGAUUAUGAAACAACUUGCACAUCCUCAAAUGGUAAUAAUUAGGAAAAUCUUGGUAGGCUACAUAAAUAAAUGAAGAGUUUCCACUAAUUGUCUUAGAAUUCCUUUGAGAUGCAAUCAAAUUAAUACAGGUCUCCAUCUUCUAAUUCAGAAGAAAAAGUUAAAAACAAGGGAAUAGACUUUGAGUAGUCAUCAAGAGUCUUUUAACUUAAUGAUGCAUUUUUCUAGAAUAUAAAUUGGAACAAAUACAUAGAAGUAAAUUCUUAGGUUCCAGAAGGAGGUUAAAGACUAUUUGGAUCGAGAAUAGUUCAAACUGAUUUACUAAGCAGAUAUCUUAAAAGUAAAUUAGAGGAUCAUAAAAAAUAAAAUGAAGCUAGAGAGGUUAGAAUCGACUUACUUAAGACAUAAAAAUAGACACCUCUUAAAAUACCAUCUUUAACUGGUUAAUAAAACAAGGCUUAAAAAGUUUUUAGCAACAUUUAUGAAAUUCUAAAGGACAAAAGAUCAAAUGGAAACCCACUAAGUAAUAUGAUGAACCGAAAUCUAAGAGCGUUUGAGACAAUCAAGAAUGAUCUUAAAAAGUCGUCAACUCGUGAAUUAAAUAAUUGGGAUAGGGAAAUCUAGGAAGCAUACUAAAGUAACUAAUUCUAGUGUUACAGAUUGAGUGAAUUCGAAGCUCAAACAUUUAUUAACAGAUUCAUAGUUAUUGGUCUAGAUGAGCCUCAGGCCUGCUACAAAACUUUAUGCUAAGGUCUAGACAGAUACACCGGUCCACUGGCUUCUAAUGAUAUAAGAGUAGACUAAGAUCUAGACAUUGACAAUAAUGCAUAUAAAAAAGCUAGUUUAAUGAGAUGGCUUCAGGUUAACAACAAUGGUUCUUAGAUUAGGAGGCAAAGAGAUGCAAGUGCUAAUUCUAAUGGCAAAAGACCAAGUAGUGUAAGUUCAGCUGGGGCUUGUUGUGGUGGAGGCAAAGGCAGCGGUAGAAGUUUCGCAGAAACCUCAGUCACUGUCAUAACCAACAUUUGA